ACCGAUGAGAUGCGCCGGAAGUGACGUAGCGCGGAGCGGCGGUGUCGGGGCUGCAGACAGCAGCAACUCACUGAAAAGCAGCAAACCUGACCUCAGCGGUGGAACUGUGGACUCUGAGAGCCGGAGCGGAGAGCGCCGGAGCCGGGCCGGAGCUGUAUGGCGGCGGCUGUGUCUGCGGGGGGGCCGGCUCUCGUCAUGGAGAAUGGACAGGGGACCACCACAACCACCAAGCUGGGCCUGCCACCACUCACCCCUACCCAGCAGGAGGCGCUGCAGAGGGCAAAAAAGUAUGCAAUGGAGCAGAGCAUCAAGAGCGUGCUGAUGAAGCAGACUCUGGUGCAGCAGCAGCAGUUCACCAGCCUGCAGAUGGCGUCGCUCACCAUGGGUAUAGGAGAUGCUCUGUCUCCUCUGCAGUCGGUGGCGGCUCAGAGGCAGCGAGCUCUGGCCAUCAUGUGUCGCGUUUACGUCGGCUCCAUCUACUAUGAGCUGGGCGAGGACACCAUCAGGCAGGCCUUCGCCCCUUUUGGACCAAUCAAAAGCAUCGACAUGUCCUGGGACUCGGUUACCAUGAAGCAUAAGGGCUUUGCCUUUGUGGAGUAUGAGAUGCCUGAAGCGGCUCAGCUGGCUUUAGAGCAGAUGAAUUCUGUCGUCCUAGGAGGAAGGAACAUUAAAGUGGGGAGGCCCAGUAACAUCGGUCAGGCUCAGCCAAUCAUUGACCAGCUGGCAGAGGAAGCGCGUGCCUUCAACAGGAUCUACGUGGCCUCAGUGCACCCCGACCUUUCAGACGAGGACAUCAAGAGUGUCUUUGAGGCAUUCGGGAGGAUCAAGUCCUGCAUGUUGGCCCGUGAACCCACGACGGGCCGGCACAAAGGUUACGGCUUCAUUGAGUACGAUAAGCCUCAGUCGUCUCUGGAUGCCGUCGCCUCAAUGAACCUGUUUGAUCUUGGGGGCCAGUACUUGCGGGUGGGGAAGGCGGUGACUCCGCCCAUGCCUCUCCUGUCACCAACAACUGCUGGAGGAUUGCCUGCUGCGGCUGCUGUUGCGGCUGCGGCCGCCACCGCUAAGAUCACAUCUCACGAUCCCAUAGGAGCAUCAAUGCUGGGAGCGCUGGCUGGACCGGCGCUCCUCUCCCAGCAGCUCGGACUUCCUCAGGCUGUCAUGGCCGCCCAGGCCCCAGGCGUAAUCACAGGGGUGACUCCAGCUCGACACGGCUUACCUCAGGUGGGUUUGGUGAACCCCGUGUUGGCCACGCCCCCUUCAGCAACGGCUCCCCUGGGAGUCGAGCAGAAGAAGAAGGAAGAGGAGGAGCGGCAGCAGGAGACGCUGCUGGACGGCGCCAUGGAACCCCUGAGCGAGCAGGAGCACGUGAGCAUCAGCGGCAGCAGCGCCAGACACAUGGUGAUGAGGAAGCUGCUGCGCAAACGAGAGUCCACCGUCAUGGUUCUGAGGAACAUGGUUGGGCCCGAGGACAUCGACGACGACCUGGAAGGGGAAGUGACGGAGGAGUGCGGUAAAUACGGCCAGGUGAAGCGGGUCAUCAUCUACCAGGAGCGGCAGGGCGAGGAAGACGACGCAGACAUUAUCGUCAAAAUCUUUGUGGAGUUCUGUGAAGCCAUGGAGAUGAACCGAGCUAUUCAGGCACUCAACAACCGCUGGUUCGGAGGACGGAAGGUGGUCGCAGAAGUUUAUGACCAAGAACGCUUUGAGAACAGUGACUUGUCCACGUAAUAACUGGAGCAGAGACUAUGGGGAGUAGCAUAGUGGCCUCUUUCUAACCUGUUUUUUUAUAGCGUUUGUCUUCAGGGAAACGUCUCCUCUUCCUCUUUGGCUGGUUUCUCUGCAGCAUCAAAGUCAUGUUUUAUGUUGUCUGUCCUGCUCUCCCUUUUUUUUUAAGCAGCAAAGUUCUCACGGUUACCACGGUUACUGCUCAGGUGAAGGAAAGGACUUUGUUACAAAUCUCCCCCUCCUUCCUACACCGCCUCUGAAACAUGCAGAGGGAGUUUUGUGGUUCCACAGGUCCAGAUUCACACCUGCUCGCCGCCAGGUGCUGCAUUCCUGCUCCUAAAUCCAGUUUUGGUUCCGGCACAAAACGUUCCUGUCAGCAGGAAGUUCUGGUUCUGGCCAUUGCAUUGAGGCUUUUGGCAUUUAGAGCCCAGCAGUGAAGGUUCCUGAAGGCAGCAAUGAUGCUUUUAUACCCAGACUGACUUUAGGGGGUCUGUGCUGCGUCUCACGUUCUCUGAACUACACUCAUGCCAAAACUGAUCCUCAGAAUCCUGGAUUCUUGGAGAAAAGGUUCCAGGCAGCGGCACCACACUCACAGUGAUGAAGGUUAAAAUAUAUUUGUGAAUAAUUUGUGAAUAAAAGCAUUUUUUUUUGCUCUUUUCUUUC